AUGCUGUGGCAGAUAUGUUUUAUACUUUUAAUAAUAUACUAUUGUGUAUUGCGUUGGAAAAAUAGGGAUAUAAUAAAGUUGUCCAAACAAUUACCAUUUACGAAUGAAUACAGAUGCCUCCCAUUUAUUGGACACGCGUGGCUAUUCAUCAGACGAGGAAAAGAUCCAAUGGAUACAUUCAAACUUUUAGCAGAUGUAGCACAGAAACGCAACGGCAUCACAAGCUUUUGGUUUGGAAAUAAUUUGUAUACUAUUUUAACAGAUCCAUUCGCAGCAGAGAAAGUGCUGAAGACCAGUCUCGAGAAACAUGAGCUGAUGCAACUUGCGAGACCACUGAUUGGAAAUGGCAGCAUAUUUGCGCCAGUAUUCAUAUGGCGACCACGUCGCAAAGUCCUCGCUCCGACCUUCGGACAGAAAACUCUGAACAACUUCGUGACGGUAUUCUACAAACAAAGUGUAAUUCUAGUAAACAAGUUACAAUCCAUGGCAGAAAAGGACAAGUUCUCAGUGUUUAAUUAUAUUUCUACAUACUCCAUGGAUUCAAUAUGUGAGACAACUAUGGGUGUAAAUAUAAACGCACAAAGUAACACAAAUCACCCAGUACUGAAGGCAUUCAAUGGAUUCUGCCAGAUAUACGCCGCUCGGUCCGUAAGACCAUGGCUACAUUCGACAGCAGUUUAUAGAUGGAUGCCUAAUUAUUCCACUUAUCUUGGACACUCUCAACUACUAAACAAUUUUGUGGAUAAGAUUGUUAAAACGAAAAGCCAAGAAAUAAAAAAUGGUGGAAACAACAACAUCCAAACUGGUGAUGACAAGAAGACAAGAACAUUUCUGGAGCUGUUGAUUGAGUCAUCGCGAGACAAUGGCUACACUGAUGUGGAGUUACGAGAGGAGACACUAGUGAUGGUGCUCGCUGGUACCGACACCUCCGCUGUGGGAGCAUCCUUCGUUCUACUGCUACUAGCCCGAUAUCCCGAUAUUCAAGAUAAAGUACUUCAAGAAAUCGAGCAGGUAUGUGGCCACUCAGACAAUCCAAUUCGAGCGGAACAUUUGCCAAGUCUCAAAUAUUUUGAUGCUGUUAUCAAGGAAACAUUGAGAUUGUAUCCACCAGUACCUAUUAUCGUGAGAAAAAUGGAAACGCCUACGGUUUUACCGUCUGGACUGACAUUGGUACCAGGAAUAGGGGUUGUCAUAAAUAUUUGGGGAAUGCAUCGCAAUCCAGCCAUUUGGGGGCCUGAUGCUGAUGAAUUUAGACCUGAACGCUUCAUUGAGGAUACUUUAAAACACCCAGCAGCCUAUAUGCCCUUUAGUUACGGGCCUAGAAACUGUCUAGGAUAUCAAUACGCUAUGAUGUCAAUGAAAACAGUUUUAGCAUCUGUGGUGAGAAACUUUCGCAUCCUACCAGCGGAAGAUUGGGAAUUAAACUCUUGCAAGAAUAAAGCUAACCUUGAGGUGAAAUUUGAAGUAAUGAUGAAACAUGCAGAUAAUUUCCAAAUACGAUUGAAGAAAAGAACAAAUGAAUCCACAUGAAAUUGUACUUAAUAUUGGGACAUAUCGCAGUAUAGAUCUUAUACGCUAACUCAUAAAGACUAAGAUCGUUUCUUGCAUUUA